GCGGCGGCCGCCAAGCAGGAAGAAGAUGAGCCUCAAGUCGGAGCGCCGAGGAAUUCAUGUGGACCAGUCGGAACUCCUGUGCAAGAAGGGAUGUGGCUAUUACGGCAACCCUGCCUGGCAGGGCUUCUGCUCCAAGUGCUGGAGGGAGGAGUACCACCGAGCCCGGCAGAAGCAGAUCCAGGAGGAUUGGGAGCUGGCUGAACGGUAGGAUGCCACCUGACUCCAGCGGGAGGAGGAAGAGGCCUUUGCCAGCAGUCAGAGCAGCCAGGGGGCCCCGUCCCUCACGUUUUCCAAAUUUGAAGAGAAGAAGACCAAUGAGAAGACCCGCAAGGUUACCACAGUGAAGAAAUUCUUCAGUGCUUCUUCCAGAGUUGGAUCAAAAAAGGAAAUUCAGGAAGCAAAGGCUCCCAGUCCUUCCAUAAACCGGCAGACCAGCAUCGAAACAGACCGAGUGUCUAAGGAAUUCAUCGAAUUUCUCAAGACCUUCCACAAGACUGGACAAGAGAUCUAUAAACAGACCAAGAUGUUCUUGGAAGGAAUGCAUUACAAAAGGGAUCUGAGCAUUGAGGAGCAGUCAGAGUGUACUCAGGAUUUUUACCAGAAUGUGGCAGAAAGAAUGCAGACCCGUGGAAAAGUCCCUCCAGAAAGAGUUGAGAAGAUAAUGGAUCAGAUUGAAAAGUACAUCAUGACGCGCCUCUAUAAACACGUGUUCUGCCCAGAAACCACAGACGAUGAGAAGAAGGACCUCGCCAUUCAGAAGAGGAUCAGAGCCCUGCACUGGGUUACACCUCAGAUGCUUUGUGUCCCUGUCAAUGAAGAAAUUCCAGAAGUGUCUGACAUGGUGGUGAAAGCAAUCACAGACAUCAUUGAAAUGGAUUCGAAGCGUGUGCCUCGGGAUAAGUUGGCCUGCAUCACCAGGUGCAGCAAGCACAUCUUCAACGCCAUCAAGGUCACCAAGAGGGAGCCCGCUUCUGCAGAUGACUUCUUGCCCACGCUCAUCUACAUCGUGCUGAAGGGCAACCCCCCACGCCUGCAGUCCAACAUCCAGUACAUCACCCGCUUCUGCAACCCCAGUCGGCUGAUGACCGGGGAGGAUGGCUACUAUUUCACCAACCUGUGCUGUGCUGUGGCUUUCAUUGAGAAAUUAGAUGCCCAGUCUUUGAAUCUGAGUCAGGAGGAUUUUGAUCGCUACAUGUCCGGCCAGACCUCUCCCAGGAAGCAAGAGCCCGAGGGCUGGUCUCCUGAUGCCUGCUUAGGUGUGAAGCAGAUGUAUAAGAACUUGGAUCUCCUGUCUCAGUUGAAUGAAAGACAGGAAAGAAUCAUGAAUGAAGCCAAGAAACUUGAAAAAGACUUAAUAGAUUGGACAGAUGGAAUUGCAAAAGAAGUUCAAGACAUUGUGGAGAAAUAUCCACUGGAAAUUAAGCCCCAAAGUCAACCAUUAGCAGCUAUUGACUCUGAAAAUGUUGAAAAUGACAAACUCCCCCCACCAUUGCAGCCUCAGGUUUAUGCCGGAUGAGGACCUGACGUGG